UGCUGCUUGUCGGUAAAAUGGGGCAGGGCUGUCAGGACGCUUGGCCGAAUCUUGAAUAGCCAAUGCAUGUAAUUGUGAAAAGAUAGAAAUUCUCGUUUAACCACAGGCCCUAUGGAUCCUAACAGGAUUAUACAGGCUUUGAAGGGAACGAUAGACCCUAACCUUAGGAUAGCGGCGGAAAAUGAACUCAAACAGUCUUUCAAGAUUAUCAAUUUUGCCCCCACCCUGCUCCAAAUCAUUGUGUCGGAGCAGGUGGAGUUCCCUGUUAGGCAGGCAGCGGCCAUUUACCUGAAGAAUAUGAUGGGGCAGUACUGGCAAGAUCGAGAGCCUGGCCCAGGGGAGGCGGUCUUUCCCUUCAACAUUCACGAGAAUGACAGACAGCAGAUCAGAGAUAACGUUGUUGAGGCCAUCAUCCAGUGUCCUGAGUCCAUACGGGCUCAGCUGACCGUGUGUCUGCGGGCCAUCAUCAAGCAUGAUUUCCCUGGGCGCUGGACAGCCGUUGUGGAUAAGAUCGGCAUGUACCUGCAGUCCCAGAACAGUGGCAGCUGGUACGGCAGUCUGUUGGCGCUAUACCAGCUGGUCAAGACCUAUGAGUUCAAGAAAGCUGAGGAGAGGGACCCAUUGAUAGCAGCAAUGCAGAUCUUUCUGCCACGCCUCCAGCAGCUCAUGUCCCAGCUGAUACCCGACGCCACCGUCUUCUCCGUGCUGAUCCAGAAACAGAUCCUGAAGAUCUUCCAUGCACUUAUACAGUACUCCCUGCCUCUCCAGCUGAUCAACAACACCGUCAUGACCCAGUGGAUGGAGAUCCUGAGAGCUGUCACGGACCGAGGUGUUCCCCCGGAGACUCUGGAGGUGGAUGAGGAUGACCGGCCUCAACUGGUGUGGUGGAAGUGUAAGAAGUGGGCGCUGCAUAUCAUCACACGGUUGUUCGAGAGGUAUGGAAGUCCAGGCAAUGUUACAAAGGAGUAUUUUGAGUUUGCAGACUUUUUCCUAAAGACGUAUGCCGUGGGGAUUCAGCAAGUUUUACUGAAAGUGGUGGACCAGCACAGACAGAAGCAGUAUGUGGCUCCCCGUGUGCUCCAGCAGUCUCUUAACUACCUGAACCAGGGCGUGUCACACUCACUGACCUGGAAACAGAUGAAACCACACAUGCAGGCGAUAAACCAGGACGUGAUCUUCCCACUGAUGUGCUACAAGGAUGAAGACGAAAAGCUGUGGCAAGAGGACCCUUACGAGUACAUCCGCAUGAAAUUCAAUUUAUACGACGACCAUGUUUUCCCUGCAACGGCUGCUCAAAGUCUGCUGUGCAAAGCAGCCAGAAAACGAAAGGAAGUUCUUCCUCAGAUGAUGGAGUUCUGCCACCAGAUCCUGAUGGACCCUGGUGCUGACCCUCGCAGGAAGGAUGGUGCUCUGCACGUCAUCGGCUCCCUGGCUGAGCUCCUGCUGAAAAAAAGAUUGUACAGGGAUCAAAUGGAACUAAUGUUACAGAACUACGUGUUUCCACUGCUAAACUCAAACCUCGGCUACUUGCGAGCUAGGUCCUGUUGGGCUCUACAUUCACUAAAUUCCUGCUGGGUCCUGCACUCGUUCAGCCCACUGAAGUUCCAUGAUGAGCUGGUCCUGAGGAACGCGGUGGAGCUGGUCAAGCAGGACCUGAUCGCCGACAAAGAAAUGCCGGUCAAGGUGGAGGCGGCCAUCGCCCUGCAGACCCUGGUCAGCAACCAAGAGCAAGCUAAGGUCUACAUCCGGCCUUACAUCCGGCCAGUCAUGCAGGAGCUGCUGCACGUCAUCAAGGAGACUGAGAAUGAUGACCUCACCAACGUCAUCCAGAAGAUGAUCUGCGAGUAUAAUGAGGAAGUGUCCGUCAUCGCUGUGGACAUGACACAGAACCUGGCUGAGAUCUUCCGUAAGGUGCUGGAGAGUGAGGAGUAUGAGGAGUGUGAAGAUAAGACGGUCAUGGCUCUGGGGAUUCUCAGCACCAUCGACACCAUCCUCACCGUCAUGGAGGACCACAAGGAGAUUACCCAACAGUUGGAAGGCAUCUGCUUACAGGUGAUCGGCUUGGUUCUGCAGAAGCCCAUCAUAGAGUUCUAUGAGGAGAUUCUGUCGCUGGCGUUCGGCCUGACCUGUCAGACCAUCUCCCCACAGAUGUGGCAGCUGCUGGGGGUGCUCUUCAACGUCUUCCAGCACGACUGCUUUGAUUACUUCACAGAUAUGAUGCCCCUGUUGCAUAAUUAUGUUACCGUGGAUACCGAUACACUUCUGUCCAAUCCCAAACAUCUGGAGAUUAUCUACACCAUGUGUAAGAAAGUGUUGACCAGUGACGCCGGGGAGGAUGCUGAGUGCCACGCUGCCAAACUCCUGGAGGUCAUCAUCCUGCAGUGCCGUGGCAGGGGCAUCGAUCAGUGCAUCCCCCUGUUUGUGGAGGCCGUUCUGGAGCGCCUGACGCGGGGAGUGAAGUCCAGUGAGUUGAGGACCAUGUGUCUGCAGGUGGCCAUCGCUGCUCUCUACUACAGUCCCGCCCUCCUGCUGCACACACUGGACAACAUCCGCUUCCCUCACAGCCCCGAGCCAAUCACAGCGCAGUUCAUCAACCAGUGGAUGAAUGACACAGAGUUCUUCUUGGGUCUCCACGACCGUAAGAUGUGCAUCAUCGGCCUGAGCAUGCUGAUGGAGCUGCCCAGCCGGCCGGCGGCGGUGGACACGGUGGCCGGCCAGAUCAUCCCCUCCAUCCUGCUGCUCUUCCUGGGCCUCAAGCACAUCUACGCCUCCCGCAUGCUCCACAAACAGGAGGCCCUGGCCAGGGGCCAAUGCACCGAGGAGGAUGAAAACGAGGAGAUUCCGAGCGAUGAGGAUGAGGUGAGCGAGAACCGGAGCGCCAUGCAGCAGUCCUGCAGCGCUCCGGCCAGCCAGGGGGACGAGGAUGACGAGGAUGAUGAGGAUGACGAUGAUGACUACUGGGAUGAAGAAGGGCUGGAGGGCACACCGCUGGAGGAGUACAGUACGCCCCUGGACUAUGACAACGGAGAGGACGAGUACCAGUUCUUCACAGCAGCCCUGUUGCGGGUCCAGAGCUCAGAUGCGGGCUGGUACCAGAGUCUGACGGCUCCACUCAGCGAUGACCAGAAGAAGCAGCUGCAGGAGAUCUACAGCCUGUCACAGCAGAGGAGGAGCACCGUCACCAAGGGACAGUGUUGAAUUGGAAAGAGGAAAUGCUGGAGGAGCACAUGGAGCGAAGGCUUUGGGCUGGGAUCUUUAGCAGAUUAACCCAGGAACCGGUUCAGUCUAGAUCAGACCUUAAGCAUCCCAUCAUGAACUGGUUUCACACUCAAUCAUCUAACCAGACCCCCUGUGGUCCACUCUAAAGCUUGAGAUCCGGGAGCUAGACUGGACCACUGAGGCCACAUGGCUGUGGGCUAGAGGUUGCUUUGGGUCAGCCAGCCACCAGCUCACUCAUUCACCAGUGCUGUGUUUGUGAGAGAGAGAAAGAGUGUGUUUGUGUGUGUGUGUGCGAGAGAGAGAGAGAGAGAGAGAGAG